AUGUCGACUGCUGCCACCACCGGAGCUAGUAAUUUGUGGAUGUCGUUCAAUUCGUCUGCUCUGCCUAUAGGACAACUAGAAUCUUUGCGAUCCCGAACAAGCCAGAUCAUAGAAUCCAUCCAGUCUCUUCAACGCAUCAUUGAAUCCGGUGGUCAGAAUGUGAUGCCUGCGUGGCCGGACAUCCUUUCGAAAUACAACACUCUGUUGUCGCAAUCCCAUAGCAUCAUGACAGCCCUUCUUGCAGUACACCAGUCUGGCGGAGUACACGGUACUGGGAAUCCGUUCGAGAAGCUCGUGCUUCAUCCUAGUUUGGGCAUGACGGACGCACAGUUCGACAAUGAAUUGAUUCCACUGUUACGGAACCAGCAGACGACGGAUGUGCUUCGGAUGGAAAACGAAGUCGUGCGACACCUGUCCGAACAUAUGGAGACCAAAGGAUCCCUCGGCGUACUCACACAAGCCGGUCGUUCGGAACAGGCGAGGAAGACGGAGUACGAGGACGUACUGCGGGAGUGCGAACAGAUACGUGUCGAGCAUGACCUACGGGUUGAACGUGCGGUUCGUGCAGUGGCAAUGCUUCGGGAGAAGUAUGACUGGAAGGCGCGCGUCGCUGUAGACCAGGAGGAGCCGGAGGAACUCCAGUGGGACCCUCGCCUACUUGGUGAGGAGAUCACGGGUGCCCAAGGGGACGCGGCUCUAGAUGAAAUGAGCGAAGAGGGGGAGAGUGGAGGUACGCCUGAAGGUGCACAAAGCAACGACAGUGACGAAGAAGACGAACUCGAGGAAGUUCUUGGGAACGGUGCUUACCAGACACCGGAAGGUACACCUGGAGGUGCAGGACCUGCGACGCCCAUGGUAGAGUGA